CCAACUAAUCAUGAAUCCAUCUCCAUCAAAGAGCAAGAAGAAACAAGCAACGCCGCAACAACAAGAACCGGCAGCACAAGGUGGUAGGUUUCUCGGUGUUCGGAGAAGGCCGUGGGGAAGGUACGCAGCGGAGAUAAGAGACCCAACCACAAAAGAAAGACAUUGGUUAGGGACAUUCGACACGGCGGAGGAAGCUGCCUUGGCUUAUGACAGAGCUGCCCGUAACAUGCGUGGCUCACGUGCUCGUACUAACUUUGUUUACUCUGAUAUGCCUGCCGGUUCUUCUGUAACCUCCAUUAUUUCUCCUGAUGAACAACAACAAAUUCACUCUCUUCAUCAACAACAACAACAGCAACAGUUAGAACAUUAUAAUGCUUCAAUGUUUGUUCCUCCAGCUCAGUCAAAUCAACCCGACCCGUUGAGUUUCCAUGAUUUCAGUUCAGUCUCACAAUGCCAUUUCUCUAAUGAUUUUAGCUCAAUGAUCGGACCUGACACGUGGAGUUGCUCUAGUUCGACAUAUCAAGAACCGGUUAUUACAAACGAUGAGCUUCCUCCUUUGCCUUGUGAUUUAUCGAGCAAUUUUUCGAGUUCAGUUGGUUCGGGUUUGAUGGGUUUUGAAGAGCAAACCACAUUGACAAAUGGGUUUGAGUCGGUUUCGGGAAGUGGAUCGUAUUUUGGAUUUGACUCUGGUGAGUAUGUUCAUAGCCCGCUCUUUAGCAGAAUGCCACCGGUUUCAGAAACUGUACCAGAAGGCUUCGAUUUGGGUUCAUCGACUUACUUUUUCUAAUUAAGUAAUUAUAAUUAAUUAAGCUAAUGUUGGCUAAUGGUCUUGAGUUUUAUU